AUGCCUGUUUUCCUAUACCUGCUGCCUCUGCUUCUACUACUACUAGUAUUUGGACUUGCUGUUAUAUGCAGUGAUGCAGCAGCACUUGUUCCCAAUGUUGAACAUCCUACAAAUUGCAUAGAGAGUGAGAGAGUGGCCCUUUUUUAUUUCAAGAAGAACAUUAUUGAUCCAUACAACAAUCUCUCUUCCUGGGUAGGACAUGCCUGCUGUUCUUGGCAUGGUGUUCAAUGUGACAACACAACUGGCAACAUUGUAGGACUGGCCCUGGGCCAGCAGGGAUCAGUAAUUUUCCAUCUGCAGGGAGGUGAGAUCUCUCCAACUUUGCUUGCUCUUCAACACUUGAAUUAUCUUGACUUGAGCGGGAAUGACUUCAGAGGAACAAAUGUUCCAUCAUUCAUCAGCCAUUUCAAGCAGUUGAAGUACCUCAACCUUGCCAGAGCUGGCUUUGGAGGACCUGUUCCUUCAAGUUUUGGAAAUCUCUCUAGUUUACAGACUCUUGACCUCUCAGAUAAUUAUGGAGUUUAUGUUGAUGAUCCUUCUCAUCAAUGGCUUUCUCAUCUUACUUCAUUGCAACACCUUGUUUUCAGUGGUGUCACCUUUAGCAGUCACUCAUCCAAUAGUUUGUUUCUAGCUCUGAACAAACUUCCUUCCAUAAAUGAGAUACGUCUGUCUGGGUGUCAGCUUCAAAGUAUUCCUCCUUCCAUUCCCCAUCUGAACUUCUCAUCUCUCUUAUUUCUUGAUCUCUCGUUCAAUUCCAUCAAUUUCCCAGUUUUUGAUCUCUCGUACAAUUCUACCAAUUUCCCAGUGCCUCCCUGGUUAUUCAAUCUCAAAAGCCUUGAAUAUCUAGAUCUCAGUAACAAUAUUUUUGGGUCAUCUAUCUCUGCAGAUUAUUUGUCCAGUAAUUUUAGUACUGUCUUACCUAAAGGCAUAGGCAAUCUUUGUAACCUGAAAACUCUUGAUCUGUCCAACAGCAACAUGGGAAUGAGACUAGCAGAACUCAAUUUUACUGGGUGUAUUAAGGAUAGUCUGACUCAUUUGCAUUUAAGCGAUGCUAAUCUUGAUGGAGAUAUACCAGACUGGAUGGGGGACAUAAAAGAUCUCAAGGUCCUUGAUCUCUCAGAAAACUCACUCUCCGGCUCUUUGACUUCAUCCAUUGUGAGACUCUCCCUUUUGGAGACAUUAAAUCUUUUUUCAAACAAAUUAAAUGGCACUUUACCAGUGGAAAUUGGAAAACUUACAGAGCUGGAAAGUUUGGAUCUUGGUGAGAAUCAGAUGCGCGGUGCUAUAACUGAAGCACACUUUUCUAAUCUGCAGAAGUUAAAUGUGCUUCGUAUGCAGUCCAAUUCAUUCGUUUUCAAUGUGAGUUCUAACUGGAUUCCACCUUUUCUUCUCCAAGAAUUGAGAAUCAGGUCUUGUUCAGUGGGCUCAGAAUUUCCAACAUGGCUCCAGACGCAACACAAGUUGAAUGUACUUGACAUAUCUAAUACAGGAAUCUCAAGCACUGUCCCAGACUGGUUUUGGAACCUGGUUAGCGUCAAUCUUGCAGAGAUGUACAUGUCUGAAAAUCAGAUUGAGGGAAUGCUGCCCAAGUUCUCAACUUCCAUGCAGCUGAAUACCAUUGAUCUUUCUUCCAAUCGGUUCUAUGGACCUCUACCAGGUUUUCUGGGUUCAUCCAUCUCCUACAUAAAUUUUUCCAAUAACUCAUUCUCAGGAGCUAUACCAGAUUCAAUAUCUUAUCUUCCUCAACUAGCUCAACUUCGCUUGAGCCAUAACAAAUUGUCUGGGGAAAUUCCUGCCAUACUGAAGAAUUGCAGUCAACUUGAGGUUCUUGAUCUCGGUUACAACAACUUUACUGGAAGUAUACCAAUUUGGGUUGGAAAAAGCUUAUCAAGAUUAGUUGUUCUCAUCUUAAGAGCAAAUACCUUUAGUGACCACAUCCCACAGGAACUUUCUCAACUAAAGUAUCUACAAAUCCUUGAUUUGUCACGCAAUAAUUUUUCAGGUCCCAUCCCUGUGAGUUUUGGCAACCUCAGUGCCAUGCAAAGCCUUUUCAAUUCUGAUCUUUUAUGGUAUGGUAUUUUAGGAGUCCAAGAUACAAUAAUGGUGGCAUCCAACGGGAAAGAAAAGGAAUAUUCCCAGCGUCUUCUUCCAUAUGUGAAAAUCAUGGACCUCUCCAACAAUGUGUUGACAGGGGGCAUCCCUCAAGAGCUUGCAAGUUUGUAUGGUCUACAGAGUUUGCACCUCGCAGGAAAUCAGUUAGAAGGUGAGAUCCCAGACAAGUUGGGUCAGUUACAACAACUUGAAUCACUAGACUUGUCAAGAAACAAACUCUCUGGGAGCAUACCUUCAACCUUCUCAAACUUGACAUCCUUGAGCGACUUCAAUGUAUCUUAUAACGACUUGUCAGGGAAAAUACCAUCAGGCAACCAGUUCAACACCUUCACAGACCCUUCCAUUUAUACUGGUAAUCAUCUUUGUGGAUUCCCUUUAACUGACAAUUGUACUAAAGGUGGCGGACCAAUUCCGACAGAGCCAAGUGAUCAUGGAAAUGAAGAAGAUGAUGAUAAAGAGAUGGUAUGGAUGUACAUUGGAUCCUUGUCAGGAUUUGCAGUUGGAUUCUGGACUAUCUGGGGUGUCUUGAUCUUCAAAAAGAAGUGGAGAUACGCCUACUUUCGGUACACAGACACUUCUUGUGACAAUAUCCAUGUCUGGGUUGUUGUCAACUUUGCGAGGAUGAAGAGCAAGAUCAUGUCAAAGUCAAAUCACUAG